AUGAUGAAGAAAGUGUUUAUCUUCUAUACAGGUGGCACCAUUGGAAUGAUUCUGGGUCCUGAUGGGAAACUGAUCCCAGGGAAACGAGGCGACUUCACCAAUGAGAUUCGCAGACACCCUGAGCUGUAUAAAGCCGAGAAAGAUGGCUGGUUUGUGCUGCCUAAGGAGGCAACAGAUGAUUGUCCUGGAAACAUCCAAGUAAUUUACCGCAUUGAGGAGGUCCUGAAGCCUAUUGACUCCACUAAGAUGUUGCCUCAGAACUGGAGUGACAUUGCCGACAAAAUCUUGACAGAGGUAAAAGAGUAUGAUGGGUUUAUCAUCCUACAUGGAACAGACACAAUGGCCUACACCUCUUCAGCCCUGUCUUUCCUUCUGCAUGGAAAAAUUAGGAAACCGGUUGUACUGACAGGGGCACAGAGGACACUCUUUGAGCCACGCAGCGAUGCAGUGGACAACAUGCUGGGAUCUCUGCUCAUUGCUGGCUGCUAUGCAGACUAUGCACCGCUCCAACAGGUAUCUCUGUUUUUUGACAACAAAUUAUUCCAAGGAAACAGAGUGACAAAAUUUGACAGCAAUUCAUUUGAAGCAUUCACCAGCCCAAAAUUCAAACCCCUGGUUGAAAUGGGAGUUGAUAUUACAGUGAACUGCCAGUGUGACCCUGUAACGCAGUGUGAAAAUUUCCUGGACUGUUUCAAUCCUUUCCUCCCCCUGAGUAACACAAACUCAGAUGUUCGCCUAAUAUUCCUCUAUCCGGGGAUACAGGAGGAAUUUGUGCGCAGUGCCCUAAGCGGAGCAGGGGGUGUGGCUCUGGCUUCUUUUGGGGCUGGAAAUGUCCCUGAUUUUGAUUGGCUUAAAUCUGCCAUGAUUGAAGCCAAGGAAAGAGAAGUGCUGUUCCUCAACUGCUGCCAGGUUUUCAAAGGGGUGGUGGAGGCUAUCUACGACGUGUCAUCGUGGCUGGUGGAAGCAGGUGUGGUGUCAGGCCAUGACAUCACCAUAGAAUCAGCGCUGACUAAACUGAUCUGGGUUCUACAGAUUCCUAAUAUCCCUUACGAACUGAGGAAGGAGGUAAAAUGA